GCAGAUUAUUUUCAAUUAACAGAACUUCAAAAACUUCUUUUAGAAUCUAUUAAAAUUAUUUCAGAAAAAAAGAAUUUAUCCCCUGAAUUAUUAUCAAAAACCGUUGUAAAAUUACCUACUUUAGUAGAUAAUGAAUUACUUAGUUUAUUGACAGAAUCUGUAGCAUUGAUUCCUUUAAAUUCUAUUGCAAUUGGUAGAUUAUCUUUCUCAGCACUUCUUCAUGUUUUAUCAUUUACGUACGAAAAUGAAAUAUUAUUUAUGACAUCAGAAUACAAUGUAUUUAGAUAUAGUGUAAUUAUGGCAGCAAAAAAAGUAUCUGAUAAUGCGGUAGAAAUUAUUGAAACGGUUUUACCAGAUAUAAACAAGGAAGAUGUUACAACUCAUAGUUAUAUGGAAAUUGAUGAUUUUAAUAUUUAUCGACAACAAAUUAUUGAAGAAUUAAAUCCUUUAAUUAAGUAUAUUGAUUUUAAACUUAUUCAUGGUAAUGUUUUGGCUAAUAUUAUUGAACCUUUAAACAUUAUUCCUAUGCAAGUAUUAUAUGAUGCAUUUAGAUACCACGCAAAAUCAAAUUACAAUAAAUUAAUUAGAUUUAGAGGUUGUAAUAAAGCUAUCCUUGUUUGGGAUGAGACAGCAUGUGGGUCGAACCUUGUUAUCAAAGAUAAUGGUUGCGUUGUUUGCGCUGCUAACUGUGUAUAUGGUUGUCAAACUGUGAGGUCUAAAUUCGGUUUUAGCGAUACUGGUAUAUACGAAUGGAACAUUAUUAUUGAAAAAUAUUGUGCCAAUUCAUGGAUAGGAAUUUGUGAAGCUGUUAAUGUUGAUUAUGAAAAAUGGGCAGGGGUUCAAGCAAAUGCAUGGGUUUUAGGAUCAAAUGGUAGUUGUUAUAAUAAUUUUAUAGAAACAAUUGGUUAUUGUCCACCAUUUGGUGAGGGUGAUAUAAUUACUGUACACUUAAAUAUGAAUGAAAGGUCAUGUGCAUUUUCUAUUAAUGGGAGAAGAUAUCCGCCAGUUUCUGCAUGGAAAAACUUACCAACAAAACUUUAUCCUGUUGUUUCUUUAUUUCGUCCCGGUCAAUUUAGAAUUCAACUACAUUAAGCUAGGUAUCUUUUGUUAAUAUUUAAAAGCAAAAAGUUUUUAUUUUAUUUUUUUGAUAAGUUAAUUGAUAAAUUAGAGAUUAAAAAUAUUACUUUUUUUUUAUUAACGAAAAAGUCCUUUAGAAUAGUUUAAGUAGUAUAAGGAUUGAGUAAAUCGUAGAAAAC